AUGGCAGCUCGUCGUCGAGUUCGAAGCCUUGAAGAUUUGAACGAAAAUAACAAUGAUGGGGGUUGCACGUUUACGUUUGAACAAUUUAAUCGAACGCAUCCUCCCAUCUUUGAUGGAAGAGGCGAUACGAACGCAGCGGAGGAUUGGAUACAAGACAUUGAAGAAAUAUUCAGUGUUUUGAAGUGUCCUGAAGAAGCAAAGAGAUGGUGGAAUUCUGAAAAAGUCAUCAGGGAAGCUGAGGGGACUGGAGUGAUUGUUUGGGCUCAAUUCAAGCAGAAUUUCUUUGACCAAUUUUUCCCUAAAGCGGAUAGGGAAGCUAGAGCUCGAGAGUUCACCAACUUGGUGCAAGAGACCAUGACUGUGCGCCAGUAUGCUGCAAGGUUUGCAGAAUUAUCACGCUUCGCCGCAUACUUGAUUCCUGAUGAGGAAAGAAAGACCAAGAAGUUUGAGGAAGGUUUGAACUACAGGAUUUAUGAACUAGUGAUGGUCCUACAAAUUCAGAAUUUUUCAGAAUUAGUGCACAAGUCAAUGCUAGUUGAGCAGAACCUCAAGAGGGGUGCUGAAUUGCAAGAACAGAGGAAGAGAGCUGCUCCACAAGGAUUCUCUAGUUUAGAUCAAGGGCCAUGGAAGAUGAGAAAUUAG